UUCUUACAAGACCUGGCUCCGGCAGACAAACGUCUCGCUUUCCUCAAUGGGCGGUAAGUUACCGGCACCUAAAUAUCGGAAUCAACCGUAUGUGAAAAAAGGGACCUUAAAGUGUAACACUACUAUUCGUAGUGGGUGGAACUCGAGCUCAGAGUAAACCUGAACCUGGAGGCAUUUUAAUAGACCGCAGAGUCCGCGUAAACACCGCUGCGUCUCGCUUCACCGGCAUCAUUUACUCGGUAACGCUGAGCACAGUCGAGCUAACUGACUCCGGUGGGAUUUCGGGGGCUAUCCUGUCCGGCUCAGGUGAGCUUUUCAGGUGUGUUAGUGUGGGCUGAACGCAAACCGAAAGCCGGCGGCUUUAACAGAGGCACGUGUGACGUGGUAGUGAGGACUCCGCCGCUGGCGUCUGUGGCGGGGCACGCUCGGGUUGGUGCAGGGUCACGCUGUUCCGAAGAGCCGGACAUAUGAUGCAUCAGCAGGGCUCGUUGAUGCCCUCUUUGCUCAGCGGUGUUUUCUGCCAGUGCCGGUCGACAGACACCCAUCCAGGGGUCGACCCUGGUGGCGGAGGCGGGGUCCCCACCGCGGCCCCCAUCUCGCCAGCAUCCCCAGCUAAACCAGUAACCCGACAGGCAACGUCUGGUGACUGGCACACGGAUGAAGCAGAGCAUCCAUGCGACAUAUGUGGAGGUCCGGAGCAGGAGCACAGACUCAAAGUGCUCUUCCAGGUCCUGGAUGUGAACGGUGACGGAGGCAUCUGUGUGAACGACUUGAUUAUCGGGCUGAAGAAGUUAGGAGUGCAUCGCACUGAACAUGAACUCAUGAAAAUAGUGAAAGCAGGAGACAAAGACCUGGAUGGACAGUUAGACUUUGAGGAGUUUGUCCAUUAUCUCAGAGACCACGAGAAGAAACUCCGGCUGGUCUUCAAGAGUCUGGACAGGAAGAAUGAUGGCCGAAUUGACUCACAAGAAAUCAUGCAGUCGCUGCGUGACCUGGGAGUGAACAUCUCUGAGGAACAGGCAGAGAAGAUUCUCAGAAGUAUGGAUAAAAACGGAACAAUGACCAUUGACUGGAAUGAGUGGCGGGACUACCACCUCCUGCAUCCAGCUGACAACAUUCCUGAGAUCAUUCUCUACUGGAAACACUCCACGAUCUUCGAUGUAGGGGAGAGUCUGAUGGUGCCUGACGAGUUCACGGCAGAAGAGAAGAAAAAGGGUAUGUUGUGGCGACACCUAGUGGCUGGAGGAGGGGCCGGUGCAGUGUCUCGAACUUGCACAGCACCACUGGACCGGCUCAAAGUUCUCAUGCAGGUUCACUCCUCCAAGAGCAACAGCAUGCGUAUUGCUGGUGGCUUUGGCCAGAUGAUCCGGGAGGGUGGUGUAAGGUCACUGUGGCGAGGCAACGGCAUCAAUGUCCUUAAGAUUGCCCCCGAAUCUGCAAUGAAGUUCAUGGCUUACGAACAGAUUAAACGACUGAUUGGAAGUAACCAGGAGACGCUGGGCAUCACAGAAAGACUGGUGGCUGGCUCUCUGGCUGGAGUAAUCGCUCAGAGCAGCAUAUACCCCAUGGAGGUCCUGAAGACACGGCUAGCCCUGAGGAAGACGGGUCAGUACUCGGGCAUCGUGGAUUGUGCCAAACAUAUCUUCCAGAAGGAGGGUGUGCCCGCUUUCUACAAGGGCUACGUCCCUAACAUGCUGGGCAUCAUCCCCUACGCUGGCAUCGACCUGGCUGUCUAUGAGACGCUGAAGAAUUCCUGGCUGCAGCACUAUGCCACAGAUAGCGCUGAUCCAGGAGUGUUUGUGUUACUGGCUUGUGGCACUACUUCCAGCACGUGCGGCCAGCUGGCCAGCUACCCACUCGCCCUGGUCAGGACUCGAAUGCAGGCACAAGCGUCUCUGGGAGGAGGCCCUCAGAUGAACAUGACAAGACUGUUCAGACACAUUAUUAGGACUGAGGGGCCCAUCGGGCUCUACCGAGGCCUGGCACCCAACUUCAUGAAGGUCAUUCCGUCUGUCAGCAUCAGCUACGUGGUCUACGAGUACCUGAAGAUCACGCUGGGAGUCCAGUCAAAGUGAGCAGGGAUGCAGACAGAAGAACUCAAGAGUCCAAAUGUUUUUUGUUUUUGUUUUUGUUUUGUUUUUUCAACCAUUGACUGAAAGAAGCAGCUGCAAUUCAGCCCGUCUCGGUCUCAUUGUCAGACUGCAGAAAAUGAAGGACAGCCGAGAUGAUGAAGAGAGAAAACCUUGACUGAAGCAUGUCUGUUAGUUGCUCUCAUUAAGCUUUCUUUUAGCAGCUCAGCAGUGCUUCAACACCUGUGAGUCUUGGCUUAACAUUGUUUACAUGACUCUGAAUUAUUGGUAGAACUGGAACAUGUUCCUGCUGCUGAGCACUGUGAAAGGAACAGCUCUGCUGCUCUGUGGGAUGGAAGAAUCCUGGUGGGCAUUGCUAACGCCUAACACUACUCACCACUUCUCAUUGUUAGUGCUCUGACUAGGCACAAACCCGUGAGGGUAUGAGCCUUAAGCUUCUGUGCACUAGCUGACCCCUGCUCAAAACUGGCUCAUUUAAACUCGGUCCCCUCUAAAACCUUGAAUGAAGGUUAUGGCAGAAUUCUAAAAAACAGAGACUUUGAGUGCCUCCUGCACACGGGCAGAUGAACAGACACACACAGAAAGGGUCAGAUAACCGUCAGAUACUGUGUGUGUCUCAUUCUGAUUCUUCUGCACAGGGAGGAAAGGUUUAAAAAAAGGCAUGUGGCAGAUGGUUCCCUUUAUUCUCCGCAGCUUUUCCACUACAGAUGCCCUCCCGUGUAUUUAUCAUUUUGUUUAAUAAGCAUUUGGUCAUGAAAGCAUCCACAGACACAAAUGCUUCCAAACUGUAACUGGACUCAGCCCAUACCUCAGCCUGACCUGCCUCUGAUGAGGAGCUAGAAGGACGGCUAGUGUUGUUUAUUCCGUCCUGUGAGUGUUGCGACUAACCAGGAAGUAUUGAAGAGAGUAAUUUAAAAAUCAAAUAACAUAAAUGUUUAAAUAAUAAUUUAUUGUACAUUUAGGUUUGGUUGGCAUUCUUAUGAAAUGCAAAGCAGAAAGUUAAUGCAGAUAUGUAGAAUCUACUAGGUUAACGUUAGAAGUAGAUGAUGGCACAGCAUCCCCAGAAGCAGAGAUGAGCAGCUGUGCGCGAUGAUCACAGCUGCUCCUGUUCACCUGUAUGUUUGUUCAUUUUGGAGGCGGAUUUUGUGUCUGUGUAUGAAGCUGUGAUUAGAUUUAAAAUGGUAGAUAAAUAUGAACACCUAUAUGGUGCGUUUGGCAUUGAAAAUAAGAUAAACUAGUUUUACUUUAAGAUGGUCAACAUUUAAUAAAAUAGAGGAUUAAAAUGAGGUAAAGUGAUUAGGGCCAUUCUAGCAAAAAAAAUAAAUACAGAGCUGAGGGAAGAGUUCAAUAUCUCUGAGAUUAAAGUCAGAAACUUUAAGAACAGUAACUCAAAAAAACUCCUUUGAGAUUUAAAGUCACAGAUUUCAAGAGAAACACUCCAAAAAAAUGUGUUUUUGUCAAGGAGCACAGCGGCUCGCUGAACCAGCCCCGUCACACCGACGAUGAAGCUGUCUGUGGAUGGCCUCAUCUUAGCAAAGCUGUCAUCAGGUCCUUUGGAGAGAGUUUGCUGCAAACAGUUGAAAACCGAUUAGAUGAGGUGAUUUUUUUUUUUGUACACUUACUUUCGUGUAUCACUGACUUUUUCACCUGUUCACUAACUUUGUAGCAUGAAUCGUGGGUUAGUGAAGUCCCGUUCUGACCCUGUGAUGAUCGAGGGGUGACUCUGUCCACACGCUCACGGGGUAAAGAUUAGCAAGUCAUUCCAACUCUUAGAAGGACCAUUAUUUACAAAAUUAACUGCACAUUGCAUUCAGUAUGACCUGAACCCCCUGAGGUCACAUAAAAAGGGUGCUGAGGGCCAUUUUCCCACAGACACGUAUACAACUACAAGUCUCUGCCACAGAAAGAAGAUUAUUAGAAAGACUGCAGGUUUAAUGCACUUUAGCAUUUUCUUCACUUUUCAGACCAAGAAGCUACGUCCAUUAGCUGAUGGUGUCGCUUCCAGUUUACCACAGUAGCUUUUGUGUGAUUGGAUCGGUGUGGUUGGUUCCUUGACAAAAAAACUACAGCAGAUGGAUUUUCCUCGUGAAUCUGUGACUUUGGGCUUUUUUUUGUUGUUGUUUGUUUACUUGCACACUUACUUCAGUCUCAGAAAUGUUUCAAUUUGAAAACAUCAUCACUGUCACAUACCUCUGUUAUUUUACAAUAAGGGUUUUUAUUUGCUUUUUGUAAAAGGAUUCAAGUAAAUAGAGAAAUGUCACUACAACAGUCGUCCACUCCGGAUAAAGACGUGUGUUAUUUUUGGUCUGCUGCCAUAAAGAGUGACAUGUGACCAAAAGCAAAUACACUUGCUUCACAUUUUUGAUUGAGCUGCUACUGUAGCCCAUAAAGAAUGCCGAGCCCUUUCUCAUACCGGCUGCAGCAACAGCUGAUCAGAGCACAAAAUCUUUUUUCAUAUUACAAAGAUUUUAGUUUUUGUACUUCAUUUUGCUUUAAUUUCAGCAGAUCCAACAUGAUGAGAGCAUAACAGACUUACUGUGCAGAAUUCUCAGGCUGUCCUGAGAAAGAAAUAAGGCAGCCUCACCAAACAAACAACGGCACUCUGCUACCUUGGACAUCGUGGCAGGCGUGGAGAGGAAAUGUGCCAAGAAAUCAGCAUCACUGAGCCACAGAGAAGCUUGUCUGCUUUGUAAUGGCCAUCAAAAGUUUGCACUCCUUAAUAACUCAGUGGCCUGAAACAGUGAAAGUUUGCAGUGUGUUUUUUCUGUGGGUGAUUUAGGAAGAAGGGAACAUGGUCACUGAUUUAACGGUCAUUUCAGCUGUUGCAGACCAUGCAGCCCAGCUGAUCCCAGUUUACAAAAAAAAAAAAGUACAAAGUAGAUCACAUUAUUUUUAUUUUUGCUUCAUAAUGUUAAUCCAAAACAGCGCUGUUUACAGAUGCCUGUGUGUGGCUCUUCACACACAAAAGACCCAAAAACUUUCUGUCAGCUGAAGUUGAAACUGAAUGUUCUGUUAUCACACUGAACUUGUUUUGCUUUGAUAAAGUUGUUUUUCAGCAGUUCAGAGGUUAGUUCUGUCCUCCGAGUGCAGGUUCACCUGCAUUCCUCCUUUAUUCCUGCACCAACACCACCUGUUGUUUCUUUUUUCUGCCUUCACAUGAGAAAGCACGACUGUGUCGGCCAGAGGAGCCGGCCAGGACUGAGUGCUUUUCAAAUGUUAAUGCUCAAAAAUGUUGCCAAGUUGUAACGUGAAGUCAUGUUUCAGUUUUUGUAUAAACACUCCUUAAAAAAGUGGCAUGCUGCCCCGGCAGCACUCAGCCUGACUGAUGUCUGUAUCACACGAUCAUUCCUGGAGUGCCUUGUCAAGCCUUUCUUGCGUAAAUGCACCUGAACACUAGGAUAGCAUUUUAAGGUUCUCCAUUUAUUUUAAAUGUAUUUACUACUGUAUUCAUUUCUUUUUACAGAGAGGUGACAGGACUGACUGAAACUGUUAUUAUUUGGUACUUUCCAUUGUUUCAGAGCUCCUGUAAUGGUGGCAAACAGAGGCUUGUGUUUUUUUUACUCUGACAGUUUGAAAGUCAAAGCUUCAGUUACACUGAACCCCCAAAAUGUUCCACAUGAAACCAGUGAAUAUCAGAUACAUGCUAAAUUACUAAAUUGUUUAAAAUAUAUAUUACAGUUCUAUAUAUUCAGUUUUCUAAUAUAUUUUCAUUUAAUUACUUGCAAUUUUUGUCUCAUUAAUACUUCUGUCACUCCAGCAGCAGUGUCACUGACCUGCCACACUUUUGCUCGUCAGUGUUUCCUGCAGAUUAGCCAAUUUCCAUGUAAGUUUGUUUAAUGAAAACAUCACCUCUCCUGGGCAGAUGCGAUGAAGUGAACGAGUUAACCCAGUGAUGUUAGCUGCUGCUGUUCUGCUUAGCCAGCCCGUGAAGUACCACAGGCAGCUACCAGCACAUUAGCUCGACUGGUAAUUUAGUACGCUGCAUCCUGAGCUAUAAACGUAAAAAGAUGAUGCCGUCUGUCCAGGCUGUUUAUUUCUGGCAGCAUCUCCGCAGUGAGACAUGCUGGACUGGCUGCUUCAGGGAGCAACAUGCCUGCUUUUGCAUCACACUGUGUGUUUGUAGCAGGCAGAGAAGAUUGAUGGGCCGACGUCUGAGUGUCGCACCUGAGAGCGAAUGAAUGAGAAAUACUUCAGUGAUGACGUCAGACUGACUCAUUCUUUUAUUUCCUGGCACAGCUGCUGUUUCUUACUCCUCGCUCUGGUAUUGUAUAUUGUGCAUAAAGCGGUGACAGAAUGUGUGUGUGGCUGUGUGUAAAUGUUCUGUAUUUGUAGUGAAAGGUAAUGCUACAGUGUCUUAAAAGUAGCCAUGUGUUUCCUGUACUGACCAGCAGUCAGGCAGAUCAGUGCAAGUGCUACCUAUACAAACUAAAGGCAACACAGAAAUGGUGGCCUAGUUUACAAAAUGUAUACACUAUAUAUAUUUCUAUUUUAUUUUAUUAUGCUAGCUGUAAGUGAAUGAGUAUGAGUACUUGUACAGUAGUUGUCUGUUUGAAGAACCUGCCACUGGAAGAGUGUUAUUGAAAAACUUAUUUAUGCUUUUAUGAGUUCAGCUGUUAAAUAAACUAGA